AGCCAGCCAGACAGCUAUCCACAGGCACACUGAAUACACACAGCAAGAGUCACACAGCUGACAACGACCAGAGAAAGGGAGCGAGAGAGGGAGAGAGAGAGCGGACACGCGGUCUCGACACUGUCCAACAGCAUGACCAGAAUGAGGGCUCAGCAGUGAGCUCCACCAGUCCCACUGAAACAGACGAGGAGUCAGUGAAGAAGCUAAGAGAGACCGAGUCUCUGGCAGGGAGAGAGCUUGCGACUAGGCCUGGCGUGUGAGCAGGUGUUGACCUCCGACCUCCGAGUGUGGAGGCGUGCCAUGCGUUCUCCUGCCCGGGGGGCCUGAACCCAUCUCCGCUGUGACGAGUCGCCCAGAGGGACCAUGGGAUCAUCCACGCUGGGGAAAGCAGUCCCCCUCAACACGCUACUGGACGCCUGCAUCCAGGCUUUUGAUUACAAUGGGGAGCUGCAGUCCAAUCAGCUUCCUCGUACUGUGCUUCUGAUGCACCGCUGGUAUGUCACGUCCACAGAGCUGGCCGGGAAGCUGCUCAUUAUGUAUCGUGACUGCCAAGGAGAUGACUGCCAAAGAACCAGACUGAAGAUCUGCUAUCUAAUGAGGUACUGGAUAGUGACAUUCCCUGCUGAGUUUAACCUGGACCUGGGUCUGAUUCGGCUUACGGAGGAGUUCAGAGAUGUGGCCGCACAGCUGGGCUGUGAGGAGCACUUUAAACUAAUUGACAUCUCGACCAUCCCAUCAUACGACUGGAUGAGGAAGCUGACCCAGAGGAAGAAGCAGGCCAAGAAGGGAAAAGCCUCGCUGCUGUUUGACCACCUGGAGCCCGAGGAGCUGGCGGAACACCUCACCUUCCUGGAGUACAAGUCGAUCAGAAGGAUAUCAUUCACAGACUACCAGAGCUAUGUGAUCCACGGGUGCCUGGUGGACAACCCAACCCUGGAGCGCUCCAUCGCCCUGUUCAACGGUGUGUCCCAGUGGGUCCAGCUCAUGGUGCUCAGCAGGCUGACCCCUCAACACCGUGCUGAGGUCAUCACCAAGUACAUCAACGUAGCCCAGAAACUCCUCCAGCUGCAGAACUUCAACACAUUGAUGGCGGUUGUUGGAGGGUUGAGUCACAGCUCUAUUUCUCGUCUGAAGGAGACCCAUUCACACCUGGCUCCUGAUGUCACCAAGAUCUGGAACGAGAUGACGGAGCUGGUCUCCUCUAAUGGGAACUACUGUGCCUACCGCAAGGCCUUCACCGACUGUGAGGGCUUUAAGAUCCCCAUCCUGGGGGUCCACCUGAAGGACCUGAUCGCCGUGCACGUGGUCUUCGCCGACUGGGUGGACGACACCAAGGUCAACAUUGUGAAGAUGCAGCAACUGUACCUCACCUUUAACGAGCUGGUGUCCCUUCAGAGUGCCGUGGCGCAAGUGGAGCCCAACAUGGACCUCAUCUACUUGCUAACGCUCUCUUUAGACCUUUACUACACAGAAGAUGAGAUUUAUGAGCUAUCGUUGCUCAGGGAGCCACGAAAUCCUAAAUCAUUGCCUACCUCUCCUACAACGCCCAACAAGCCCCUGGCCCCACUGGACUGGGCAUCAGGUGUGCCCACCAAGCCAGACCCCUCGCUGGUGAACAAACACAUCAGGAAGGUGGUGGACUCUGUAUUCAGGAACUAUGACCAUGACCAUGACGGCUACAUCUCCCAAGAGGACUUUGAAAGUAUUGCUGCAAACUUUCCAUUUUUGGAUUCCUUCUGUGUUUUGGACAAAGACCAAGAUGGUUUGAUCAGUAAGGAUGAGAUGAUGGCAUACUUCUUGAGGGCCAACCCCCUGCUCCAGUGUAAGAUGGGGCCUGGCUUCAUUCACAACUUCCAGGAAAUGACAUACCUGAAGCCAACCUUCUGCGAACAUUGUGCAGGAUUUCUCUGGGGAAUCAUUAAGCAGGGAUACAAGUGUAAAGACUGUGGGGUGAACUGCCAUAAACAGUGCAGGGAGUUGUUGGUUCUGGCCUGCAGGAAGCUGCUUCGCUCCACGUCUCUGGGAAGUGUCUCCCCUGGAGGACUGACUCACAGCUCUCUGCCCAGCAGCCCCGCACUGCCCACCUGCAAAGAUGAAGACGAGGUGUUUGAGUUUCCCACAGUGGCCCCGGUGGGUCCUGACCUGGAGGGCAAGUCCAUCACCCUCAUGACGGGAUCAGCCCAGCGGAUCUCUGUCCGUCUCCAGAGGGCCACCACUAGCCAGGCCACACAAACAGAGCCCCUGUGGCCAGAGCAUGCCUGGGGGGCUGGGGAUGGGGGGUCGCACACCUUCCCCAAGAUGAGGUACCGGCCCCAUAGGAAGGCCUCCAAGAACAAGGGCUUUGCCCGCUGGGAGAAUGAGUCUCAGGUCCCUGCACGGGGCAGGAGGGAUUCCCAGGAGCAGACGGAUGGCCCUGCAGAGGUGGUGCACAAUGGAAUAACGGCACACAGGGAGAAGGUGUGUGUGUGUUUGGGCUCGCUUCACAUUAGAAGAAGGUUUAAAACGUGAAGUGCGUUUGUGUUUAGGCUGGUUCCAGAGAAUAAUGACAUGAUUAUAUACAUGUUUCUCUUGCUUUACUACAAGGUCAUGUUGAAGACAAUGCUAUUCCGUCAUGCACACAUUUCAUGACAUUUAAGUCAGUUACAUUAUAUUCAGUUUCAUCAAUUUCAGCCCACGCUUGUGAUGUUUUUUUUUACCCUUGGAUAGAAUACACAUUUGCUUAUCUAGCACAAAAUGGGUAACCUGUGCUAGGUCUGAAUCGGUCAUGGAAAACAAUCCUUUCUGCAACUUCUUUGUUCUCUGUGUCUGUGCUCUUCACCCUUCACCCUUCAGGCCAAAGCAACAGAACAUUUUGUUAUCAAAGCCUUGCAUACUUCCAUCUCUGUGGAAACAACUGGAUUCAGAACCAACGCACAAAGAGACAUUUUCUCUUUCAUUCACAGUGAGAUUAUCUAGAUGAAGGGAGUGCAGAGGCCAGAGAAGCACUCUGAUUGAUAGCCUCUUGAGUCAAACUGUUUACCUUCAUCAGAUUAGGAUGGCUAAACCAAGCAGGAUAUGUUGGCAGCAGUGCAGCAUGUCAAAGAUUUGAUUGAGUCAAAACAAGGUGAAAUAAAGUUUCUACUGUAUUAUGAUAAGGUACUUUUACCUUUUAAGAUAUAUGGAUUGGGAUUGGAGGAAAAGAAAAUCAAAUUCUUCUGUUGGUGCCAAGACUUAGUUUUCAAUUCUGAAGCCGAUUUGAAUUUUGAAUUUUGUACUCUGUCUAAAUCUCACUUCAGUGCAAUCUAUCGUCAGGGUUUGAUAAUGAUGUUCUUUAAGUUCUUUGUUGACUCUCUUACUUAUACAUUUAUUGUAACAUAACACUGUGGAUAGCGUAUAAUGUUGAAUAUGAAAAAGUGCAUCUGGUCAGUCAAUAAAAGCAUUCAGCUUUUGUGUGCUUACACUGCUAACAGUGAAUUAAGUGUUUGUGUGUGUGUGUGUGUGUGGGGUUACUCUC